AUGAUGCUGAGAACAAGAGGAGAACCAAGUAUCGUCCAGAGGAGUCUGAACCCAGAGUGGAACCAGACAGUCAUCUACAAGAACAUACACCUGGAACAGCUAAAGAAAAAGACUCUGGAGGUGACAGUGUGGGAUUAUGACAGAUCUUCCUCCAAUGACUUCCUGGGAGAAGUGUUGAUAGACCUGUCUAACACGUCCCAGCUGGACAACACUCCUCGCUGGCUGCCUCUGAAGGAGCAGAGUGAGAGCAUCGAGCACAGCAGAACCCACCACACCGCCCAGGGGCCUGGGGGGCCAGGAGCAGGGAUAGGGCCAGGACAGGGGUCCGUAGCAGGGCAAGAACCAGGACAGGGCAUGGGGCCAGGGAUGGGCCAAGGACAGGGGCAGGGACAGAUGGGGGAGUGCCAUGAGUCUCCUAAGAACUCUGUGAUAAAGAGCAGGAGCCACGGGAUCUUCCCUGACCCAGCAAAAGACAUGCAGAUGGUGACUCUAGAGAAAUCCCACAGUAGUCCAGGCAGCUCUAAGUCGUCUUCAGACGGCCAGCUUCGUUCUCACGGUCCAUCCCGCAGCCAGAGCAAGAGCAGCGUCACGCAAGCCCACCUGGAGGAUGCUGGGAUAGCUAUAGCUGCCGCCGAGGCCGCCGUGCAACAGUCCCGCCUCCAACCAAGACCAGGCCACAGGUUGGGGGAUGUGUCAGGGCCGGUGGUGUCCUCAGCCCCCAGUCUGAUGGAGGGGUAUGGGGGGCUGGAUGGAGACGAGGGGGCUGGCACAGGGGUGGACAGCGCCAUCUUCCAGGUCCCAUGCAUAGGGAAGAUCAUCCACAACGGUCCUGACAAGUUUAGAGGACUGCCACCCUCACUAUCAGACAGCGAGGGGGGUGGGGCAAGACCCAGGUGA